CAAGCCCGCGAUUAUGAUUACGAUUAACGAGGUUCGUCGGAUCUCUACGAUGGAUACGUGGCAAGCAAAAACACGAGAGAAGAAGGAGAGCGCACGUAGAAGAAGGCUUGCCGCGGCGUUUUUAAAGCCGAGCGCACGCGUAUCCGUGCGAUAUUAGUGACAUCAGAGGGUUGUCGAGUCGAGGCAGCAGCGACGGGAAAGGGAGGAGCAGGGAAGAGAAGAGGGACGAUCGGCGGGGGUGGUGGUGGUUGAUUCAUAGACACUGCGUAAGCGUACCGAACGCCGUCCUCGUAAUCGGGAGACGGGCGAUAAACGGCGUGCCGUUUCUUGGAUUGGAGUCGUAACAUCGUCGAGAACCGUGGUUCCGCGCGAACGUGCCCGAAGCCUAGCCAACGGGAUAUAUCGACCGCGGGGAGAGCGGAAGCAGUCGGCUCUCGAGUCUGUGGCUCUCGGAUCUCUGCUCUCGGAAGGGUUUAGAGGAAAGCGAGGGAUGUGAGAAUAUCCGGAACACCACGAGGAAUCUUAGGACCCUGCCGAGUUGAAAUAUCGGUGCAACAAUGACGGCAGGAACGAAAUCGCCGAGAACGAUGAGGAACCACCAGCCGCAAAGCAUUUCCCGACGCAGAAGAUGGUCGCUGCGUUUCGGCCUCCUCUUCGUCUACGUCCUCGCGCAGUACGUCGCGUCUGCGAGGACGCCCACCGAAGAACCGGCGCCUUCCACCCUCCCUACCGGUUGGACGGACCGCGACGAAAGCUGGACCGAGGAGACCACGCUAGAGGCCAGCACUCUGGAAACGGAAGGGCCGGCCGUCGAAGGAACGAAGAAGACCGUGGAGAAGCCGCCGCUGAUGCCGGAGAAAUCCUCGAAUUCGCGGGGAAAGAACGAGAAGGAAAAGGGGAAAGCCAACGAAUCGCGGGGCGGAAACACGCCGGUGGAACGGAAGGAUGAGAACGCGUCGGAGGACAAGUCGAAGAAGACGGCACACGGAAAAUCGCAUUCGCAGUCGCAGUCGCAGGGAAAAGGCACCGCGAAAGCCGUCGUGCCUAACAUUCUCCCGAAAUCCACGACGGCCCCGACCGUGGUGACCACGUUGAAGUACGAACGCGCGACAUGGAGGCCGCGACGGGAAAACUGUUCGCCGCCAGCCAUCGAACAGUUUCCGAGGCCGUUGAUGGGGCCGAGCGCCAGGAAACACGGUGGAUUGAUCAUACACGUACUGGUCGCUGUUUACACGUUCCUCGGUCUCGCUAUCGUCUGCGACGACUACUUCGUCUCCAGUUUGGAUAGGAUUUGCGAAGAGCUGCGCUUGUCGCCGGACGUCGCCGGUGCAACUUUUAUGGCAGCUGGCUCGUCGGCACCCGAACUGGCGACCGUCGUGAUCGGCGUUUUCUUCGCGAAGGACGACAUCGGGGUGAGCGGCGUGAUCGGAAGCGCCGUGUUCAACAUAAUGUUCGUGAUCUCGGUCUGCGGACUCUGCACCAGCACGGUGUCCAAAUUGAAUUGGUGGCCCUUGUGCCGGGACUGCUUCUUCUACGCCGUAUCGAUACUGGUGAUGCUCGGCACGAUUUACAAUGAAUCGAUAUCCUGGAUGGAAUCGUUGUUCAUGCUGAUAAUGUACGGCGUGUACUGCAUCGCGUUGGCGUUCAACUCCCGAUUGGAACGAUGGGCCAAGUCUUACAAUAUACCGUUUCUACCGAAAGACGACGAGCCGGCGGAGGAGAGCGCGCUGGUCAGUUACAGAUCGUUGCAGGAGGAUCGGCUGUCUUACACGGGUCCGAACUCGCCCGUCACCGAUCAAUACAAAUCUCAGGAAGGGGGGAUGGAAGGGGGCGGGCCAGUUCCGGAGACAAACCAGCCACCGGUCACGAAACAACCGGAGUAUUACAAGGCGAAAGAACCCGACCCGAACGAGGUCUCGCCGUUGGAGAGGCCCGUCGACGCCAGCCAAUGGACUCUGUUCACUUGGGGCCUCGUGUACCCGAUCCAUUUCAUGUGUCGCGCGACGAUGCCCGACUGCCGGCAAGAGAAGUUUCGAAACUGGUAUCCGUUCACAUUCUGCGUGUCCAUGGUAUGGAUCAGUUUCUACAGCUACAUCAUGGUGUGGAUGAUCACGAUAAUUGGCAGCACCCUCGGUAUACCGGACACCGUGAUGGGCCUGACAUUCGUCGCUGCGGGCGUCAGCGUACCGGACGCGCUGUCCUCGUUGGCGGUGAUCAAAGAAGGCCUCGGCGACAUGGCGGUCAGCAACGCGGUUGGUAGCAACGUCUUCGAUAUUCUAGUUUGCCUUGGGCUUCCGUGGUUUAUACAGACCGCAAUGAUACAACCCGGCUCCCACGUGAACGUUACCAGUCGAGGCUUAACGUACUCCACGGUGUCCCUGCUGUCGACGGUGGUGUUUUUGGUGCUGGCGACCCAUUUGAACGGCUGGAAGCUGGACCGACGAUACGGAGUUGUACUGAUGCUCUGGUAUUUAGUAUUUAUUAUAUUCGCCUCGCUCUACGAAUUGAACGUCUUCGGCGAAAUGAAUCCGCCUGUAUGCUUCAGCUCGUUCUAAGGGAACGCAGCCCGCAGAAACGAAAUGCACUUUGCAACAACCUCAUAUACCUGUUGCAUCGCGUUCCAUUGCGCUACGACGCCGCGUGCCUAUAUUAUCCGUUAGAGAAACAACCACGACACGGGGUCGUUGAAGAAACGCGCGCAACGACGAUGCUCCCGCGAUCGUCUCUCUUCUUUUUCUCCAUUCUACUUCCUCCCGUCUUCUCCUCCGUCUCUCUUCCUCUCGAACGCGUGUUCGACGUACGUUCCAUUUUGCCAUGGAAUUGAAACACAUGCGCGGCUAAAGUGUCUACAAAUGGCUCGCGAAAGCGUUCGCACGCCUUCUAAAACGUAAUAACUUUUUUAAAACUGAAUUGAGUGACUUGAAUUUCUUUUUUUUCAGAUGAUAGCGGGACUAGUGUACUAGACAACGACCAAAAUGCCCCUUUUCAAUUUUACUAUUGCCUGGGAUGACAAGAAAAAUAAUAAACUCUCGUUUUAUAGCGAAAAUUUAAGAAGAAUGCCUUUCGCAGAUCUCGGUAACUUGUACGAGCGCUGCAAAAUUCGAUCGAAAUCGGUUAACCCGGAGUCGAACUACAGGCGUUGAAAAAAGUUAAAGAACGAGAGCUUUCUUUUGUCAUUCCAAAUGGUAGCAA